ACUCAUCCUUUGGCUUAUGCUCACUCCCUCUCCUCCUUGUUGUCAUUUCGUUUCCUUAGAUAGAAAACAGAGAGAUGCCUCAGUUUUCUCUCUUCUGCAUCAUCGUCCUCUUUGGCCUAUAAUGAACUCAUACCGAAACCUCUUCUUCUCAGAGGAAGAUGUCUCAUCAACAACAAUCAGAACGUCAUCAUCAUCAGCAAGAAUCGGAGACACACCAUAACCCUGCAUUUCUUUUGGAGGCUCUCUAUUGCUCAGAAGAGCAUUUGGAGGAAGAAGAAGUAGUGAGGGGGGAUUCUUUCCAAGAUGAAGAAGAGGAAGUUGAUGAGAGUUAUUACACUAGUACUAAUACAUAUAAGACAAACUCUCAGUCUCUAAUGUUGGUAGAGCAGGACUUGUUUUGGGAAAAUGAGGAGCUAAUCUCUCUGCUAUCUAAAGAAGGACAAAAUGAGCCGAUGCACAGAACCCUCCAGACCGAUCCAUCUCUGGUUGAGGCUCGCAGAGAAGCCGUGGGGUGGAUGCUGAAGGUCAUUGCCCACUACUCUUUCUCUGCUCUCACCGCAGUUCUUGCCGUCGAUUAUCUUGAUAGGUUCCUAGUCAGCGUUCACUUUCAGAAAGAAAAGCCAUGGAUGAUGCAGCUCACUGCGGUGGCUUGUCUCUCUCUCGCUGCAAAGAUGGAGGAGACCCAGGUGCCUCUUCUAUUAGACCUACAGGUGGAGGAGAGCAAGUAUGUCUUCGAAGCAAAAACCAUUAAGCGGAUGGAGCUUUUGGUGCUUUCCACCCUGGAGUGGCAGAUGAAUCCUGUAACCCCACUUUCAUUCCUCGAUUACAUUACAAGGAGGCUAGGCUUGAAGGACCAUCUCUCUUGGGAAUUUCUCAGGAGGUGUGAGCGCAUUAUUCUCUCUGUCAUUUCAGAUUCCAGGUUUCUGCCUUUUCUUCCAUCUGUAGUGGCUACUGCUACAAUGUUGCAUGUUGUCAAUAGUGUAGAGCCCUGUCUUCUAUUCGAAUACCAAAACCAGCUAUUGGGUAUUCUCGGAAUCGAAAAGGAGAAGGUGGAGGAUUGUUGUAAGCUUGUAUUGGAAUUGACAUCGGUAAAACUUGGCAAUCAAUCGAACAAGCGCAAGUUUGGUUCAGAGCCAGGUAGCCCAAACGGCGUAAUGGAUGUGUCAUUCAGCUCUGAUAGCUCGAACGACUCGUGGGCCGUGGCAUCAUCGGUGUCAUCCUCGCCGGAGCCUCUGUCGAAGAAAAGCAGAGCUAUUCAGGACCAGCUUCUCCAUACAACAAGUGCAGAUUUUCUUAGCAUCCCUCGCUAGCUCUACUUUUAUUGGUUCCUUAUUAUUAUUAUUAUUUUUUCUUUCUGUUAUGCACCCAAAAGUCUACUCUUGUUUAAUAAUAUACAUAUGUUCGUUCUUUCGA